UGUCUGUAAUGAGCUCCCCUUUUCCUCUGUUCUUCACUUUUGGAAAAUUGCCAACUUUUAUUGUCUCUCUCUCUCUCUCUGUCUCUGAUCUUGGUUUAAUUAAAUCACAUUUGAUUUUAAAGUUCGUUUUAAACCUGAAUUUAGAUCUUCUUCACCCGGUUUUGUUUUGGUUUCCUCCACAAAGAGUUUGAGCUCAAUGGACAACGAGCUGUUUAUGAAUGUGUCUGAGAUGACGUCACUGUCUUCUUCUUCUCCGGCGAUGCUGAAUUGGGCUUCUUCAAUGGAGACUCAUCCACUGGAGCAGAGUGUCAUCACUCGCAAUGUUCCGCGUGAUUGCUUUUUCUGGGAAAAGUCAACGGAACAGAGCGUUAUCGGAUCAGCUCCGACCUCACACGUCUCUCCGCCGUCGGUUUCCAACUUCUCCGGCGGCGGCGGAGGAGCCGGAGAGAAUCACGUCAUCAGAGAGCUCAUAGGUAACUUGGGAAACGUCGGCGAUAUCCACGGAGCUCCGGCGAGCAUCCUUGGAAACAGCUCCGGCUCUCGCUACGCAGCUCCGAUGAUGAGCUCCUCUCCGCCGUUGGACGCGUUUUCCGGCGAUUCGAGGUUCGCAGAGAGAGCCGCGAGGUUUUCGUGUUUUAACGGCAGAGGAAAAACCAACGGACCCGUUGCUGAAACAGCGUCGAUCAACGGGGAGCUGACACGUGUCUCGAGCACCUCAGCUCUCAAACCUCCCACCGGCGAGUCGUCAGGUGAAUCUUCCCGGAAAAGAAAAGGCAAAUCCAAGGAGAAUUCUCAUUCCUCCACAGUUACCCCAUCUCAUAAUUUACCAAAGGAGGUUGAAGAGAAGGAAGAUUCUGAUUCAAAGAGAAGUAAAAAAUCAAAAGAGAAUGGAGGAGAGGACACGAAGUCUAUUGAUCCGUACAAAGACUUCAUCCAUGUCAGAGCUCGACGAGGCCAAGCCACCGAUAGUCACAGUCUCGCUGAACGAGUUCGUAGAGAGAAGAUAAGCGAGAGAAUGAAGCUGCUUCAAGAUCUUGUCCCUGGAUGCAACAAGGUUACUGGGAAAGCACUAAUGUUGGAUGAAAUUAUAAACUAUGUCCAAUCAUUACAACGACAAGUUGAGUUCUUGUCAAUGAAGUUAUCGUCAGUGAACACCAGGCUGGACUUUAACAUGGACGCUCUCAUGUCAAAGGAUAUAUUUCCUUCAAGCAACAAUCAGCAAGUACUUCAGUUAGAAUCUUCAUCAGAUAUCUUAUUGGCUGAUCAUCAUAGUCAUACUUUACAACUGAACCCAAAUGAUCCUUCCAUUAACAUAAUGAACCCUAUGGAAACUUCUGAAAGUAGAAGCUUCAAUUCUCAGUUACCAACACUUACCCAUUUCACUGACUCUAUUUCUCAGUUUUCUACAUUUUCUGAAGAUGAUUUACAUAGCAUUAUUCAUAUGGGGUUUGCGCAAAACCAUAUCCGUGAAUUGAAUCAUGUUCAUUCAACUAGUUUUCAAGGUCCAUCAAACCAAGUACCAUCACACAUGAAAGCUGAACUUUGAUCAACCAUUAUUUGCAUUCUCAUGUUAGUAUUUGAGUUUCAGUUAAAUGUGUGGAGGAUAUAAAGUAAGAAAAGGAUUGAUGGGUGUACAUAACAAGAAGCUUGAAUUGGACCACACCAUUUACAAAUUCGUUUCUGUAAUCAUCUUCAUGUAUAUCAAACAACAUCUUCUUUUUUUGUGUGCCCUUGUUUUGGUUUUAUGCUCCGGUUCAUUCGUGGGGCUCAAUAGCCUCAAUUAUCUUGUCACCCACUGUUAUUAACUUAUUAUUAUCGCAUUCUUUUUACGCUU